GGUAGCUGUGGCAUUUGUACAUGAGAGCUAAGCAAAUAUAACGUGUUAUUGGGUUUUCUUUUAUUAUUCUAUUUAAAGAAAUGUAUGUCCAUCCGGAAUUGACAGUAUUAAUAACAGUAUUUUUCAGACAGUAUACUGUUUUGCUCUCUACUCGUGAUGUGUAAAAACGGUCGAGGUCACAUUGUUAAACAGUUUGCCAACCAACUUGUUACCUUAGAAUAAUGUUGGCCACGUUGUCGAGAGUUAAAACCCCUCGGUGGCUUUCUCCGGACAUACUUUCAGGGUACAUACCAAGAGGAAACGAACUGAGCUUGUUCAGUCGCAGUAGUUCUCCAGUAUCAGCGGCGUGGAGACUGAGAGUCAGAGAUGUCAGCACCUCCUCCUCGCUGUGCGCCAAAGUCCGAGGAAACCAGAAGAAGGGAGAGCUGUCAGAAAAGAAGCUGACCCGUCACUUUGUAGACCAGCGCCGUGUGAAGCUGGUGGCUGGUUCAGGCGGUAAAGGUGCCUGCUGCUUUCACAGUGAGCCCCGAAAAGAGUGGGGUGGACCGGAUGGAGGGAAUGGAGGUGAUGGAGGAAGCGUCAUUAUCAAGGCUGAUCGGUUUGUCAAAUCAUUGGCACAAAUAAUUCCGAUUUACAAGGGAGAGGAUGGGCAAUCAGGGGGCAGUAAAAACUGUUACGGCCGGAACGGCAGCCCAACUUAUGUUUGUGUACCAUUAGGCACCGCUGUGAAGGAAGAGGGCAAAACUAUAGUGGACCUUUCUGAGCAUGGUCAAGAGUAUCUGGCUGCAUUUGGAGGAGCUGGAGGAAAAGGGAAUCGAUUCUUUCUGUCCAAUGAGAACCGUGCCCCCAUGACAGCAACCUCAGGAAUGCUGGGCGAGGAGAGGGUCCUUCAGCUGGAGCUACGCACCAUGGCCCAUGCUGGACUGGUAGGGUUUCCUAAUGCUGGAAAAUCAUCAUUAUUGAGAGCCAUCUCCAAUGCCAGGCCUGCUGUUGCUGCUUACCCUUUUACAACACUCAACCCACAUGUAGGAAUUGUCAAUUACAGGGAUCAUGAGCAAGUUGCAGUUGCUGACAUCCCAGGCAUUAUUCGAGGAGCCCAUCUAAAUCGAGGCCUGGGCAUCUCUUUCCUGCGUCACAUAGAGCGCUGUCGUUUCAUCCUCUUUGUUCUGGACCUGUCGACUCCGGAGCCCUGGACUCAGCUCCAACACUUGCGUUAUGAACUGGACCAGUAUGAGCCUGGUUUGUCCCAGCGCCCUCAGGCCAUCAUAGCCAACAAAAUGGACCUGCCUGAGGCCCAGGAGAAGCUUGAGACUCUCAGGAGCCAGGUCAUUGAGCGGAUCAUCCCUGUGUCAGCUCUCACUGGACAGAACACAGAGGAGCUCAUCCUCCACCUCAGAGAGCUGUAUGAUGGCUACCGCCAAGGACAAGGUAGUGGGAAAGGUAAACCCACCAGGUCAUAGUGAAAACUAUUUCCUCUUGCUCUGUUGAUAUCCCUACAUUGUAUAUUUAUACUGGAAGAUAUAAAAUGUAUUUAAUAAAUAUGAAUAUAUA